GAAGCUGCUCUAUAUCACGUACGAGGAGAGCACGCUGCUCCGUCGCAGUCGCGUUCGCUGCUGCGAUAGCCUCGAGCUCGACGUCGUCGAACACUCGGUGAUGAUCAGUCAGAACGCGCUGGAGCUCGGUGCUCGCAAACGCUUGACCAUGGAGAACAGCACGAACAAGUUCAACCAUUUGGGGCCCGACCCCAACAACAAGGACGAGGAAUGGAAUCUGCCCGUGCAGGAGAAAAGAGAACUUCUGGGGGACACACGGCGUGAGUCCGGCGGUGCUUCGUCAGUGCCGCCCGAGCUGGCGGAGAAAGGCAAAGCCCAACGUGCUGCGACGGACCUUGAGCCCGUGUCCUUCCAUGGAAACACAGCGAAGUUCUGGGAGGAGAUCUACCACAGCUACUGGGCGGCCAGCAUCCUGGACAUGACCCCGCAGAACGACAACGCAGCUUUGGCGGCCAUCAUGCUCAAGAAGAAGUACCUCGCCAUCGUCAACACCCAAGCCCACGCAACUCUCCUCAGAGAAAGGCUGCAGGAACGCGUGUUCCGCUUGAUGAGAGAUCCGCAGUGCACGCGCUUGUACGAGCCCAUGGCCGUGGCAGAUUUGGACUUCCUGAACGCAAACGCCGACGAGUCUAAGAUUGAGAAGGGAAAGAAGGUUGGCAAAGCCAAGAAGAAAGCCAAGAGCGGCGACGGCACCAGUAAAGGCGGCGACGACGGGGCCAACACAGGCGGCGACGGCGCCAGCAAGGGCGGCGGCAAGAAGGCUGGCAGGAAGGGAGGCAAAGGCAAGGGCGGCAACACAGGCGGCGGAGAGGGCAACGGUGAAGGUGCGGAGGGAGGUAAGAAGCCGCCCCAGUCGUUGGCUGAGCUGCUUGUCCAAGUCCAGAAUUCUGCCAAGCAGGGCGGCGAGGGCGAAGCCCCGCCCCCGUCCGGGUAG